GCAAUCAAAUUAUUGAGAACUACUUCUUCACAAUAUGCUUUGAUACACCUACACACAGUUCAGUUACAAACCCUGCAAAAUCUGCAUUUUCACUCUCCUUCAUACCCGAAUUCUGAUCACUUGUUUGAGAUCAUAUCAUGGCUGGUUCACUUGUUGGUGGAGCUUUUCUUUCUGGCUUCAUUAACGUUGUCUUUGACAGGCUCCUUACAAAAGAUGCGGUUAACUUGGUGUUGGGCAAGAAGCUUGAUCCUGACUUGGUUAAGAGGCUGAAGAUUUCUCUGCAUGCUGCUGAAGCUGUGCUUGAUGAUGCCGAGUACAAGCAACUGGGCAACGAAUCCGUGAGGGAGUGGCUCAACGAUCUUAGAGAUGCUGUUUAUGAGGCUGAUGACUUGCUGGACGCUGUCCUCACCAAAGAGGCGAUUCAAAAGGAGGGAAGUUCUUACUGGCCUGAUUACUUCCUCAACCGGGAAAGGGAGAUGGUAGAUGAGAUGGAAAGGGUGGUUACAAAGAUAGAGUUUCUUGAACAGCAAAAAGAUUUCCUUGGUCUUCAAAUUACCAAGGAUAAUAAUAUCUUGUCAUCAUCAUGGAGAGAAUCCACAUCUCUGGUGGAAGGGAAUAUAUAUGGCAGGGAGGAUGAUCAACAAGCCUUGCUCAAAAUCAUAAAUGACAGCAGUGAAAGUCAGUUAUCUGUGAUCCCUAUUGUUGGCAUGGGUGGGGUUGGUAAAACAACCUUAGCCAAAUGGUUGUACAAUACCAUAGAGGGAUUUGAUUUGACAGCAUGGGUUUGCAUCUCUGAAACAUUUGAUGUUGUUGAGAUUACUAGGAAAACCAUUGAGGAAAUUACUAAAACUACUUGUUCCCUUGGGAGUUUGAAUCUGCUUCAGAAUAAAUUGCUAGAGAUCUUGUCGGGGAAGAAGUUCUUUGUUGUUCUAGACGAUGUCUGGAGCGAUGAUGCUGAUAACUGGAAGAAGUUUAAAACUCCUUUUCACUGUGGGGGUAAGGGUAGUACGAUUCUUCUAACAACUCGCGUUAAAGAGGUUGCUUCAGUUGUUCAGACAUGUUCCUCUUACUUUCUUAACGAGUUGUCCGAAGAUUCUUGUUGGUUACUCUUUGCAGAGAAUGCAUGUUUUCCGGAGUCAAAUGGGAACCGAACACUAGAGGAUAUCGGUAGACAGAUUGUCAACAAGUGUAAGGGCUUGCCAUUAGCUGUAGAAACACUUGGGCGCUUGUUGCAAGGAAAGGAUGAUGCUAAAGAAUGGAAUGCUGUUUUAAGCAGUGACAUCUGGGAAUUUCCUAUGAAAAAUAGUAAAAUUAUUCCAGCAUUGCUAAUAAGCUACUUCCAGCUCCCUGCCUAUUUGAAGCGAUGUUUCGUUUAUUGUUCAUUAUAUCCCAAAGAUUAUCUUUUCGAAAAGGAUGAACUGAUCCUGCUAUGGAUGGCUGAAGAUCUUUUAAGGCCACCAACGAGAGGAGAGAGUUUAAAAGAAGUUGGUUGCAAAUGUUUUGAAGAACUAGCUUCCAGGUUAUUUUUUAAACAAGAUUUGUAUUCUUAUUAUAAGAUGCAUGAUCUAUUGCAUGACCUGGCAAUUUUCCUUGCUGGAGACUUCUAUUGUUCAUUAGAAGAGCAUGGUAAAGCAAAAGAUGUGACUACUUUGACUCGUCAUUUGUCCUAUGAAGACUUGAAUCAUGUGCUCUCACAAAAUUUUGAUUCCAUAACUAAAGUUAAAUCCUUGAGGACAUUCCUGCCAGGCAGUUUCAGUAUCAAUUCUCUAUUCAACGAAGUUGAUGGCGAUACUAUCGAUAUCUUAAUAAAGAAGUUCAAAUAUUUGAGAGUUUUGUCAUUUGACUCAUUUAAGAAUCUUAAUUUUUUUUCAUUUGGCUCGUUCAGUAAACUUGAUGUAUUGCUUGAUUCAAUAGGUGAAUUGAUUCAUCUACGCUAUUUGAAUCUCUCUUGGACAGACAUCACCACAUUGCCAGAGUCAUUGUGCAACUUGCAUAAUCUACAAACAUUAAUAUUGUAUGAAUGUACUAGGCUGACUAAGUUACCUAGUGGCAUGCAUAAUCUUGUGAAUUUACAGCACCUUGAUCUUAGGCGAACUUGUUUGGAAGAAAUGCCAGGAGGAAUAGGUAAGUUGAAACACUUGCCUAUUUUAGAUUAUUUUGUGGUGGGCAGGCAUCAAGACAAUGGAAUCCAAGAAUUAGCAGGGCUCUCAAAUCUUCAUGGAUCAUUUGAGAUUAAGAAAUUAGAGAAUGCUGUUGAUGCCAGACAAGCAAGGGGUGCAAGGAUGUUGGAGAAGAACCAAAUUAACAGCUUAUUGUUGGAAUGGUGUUCAGAUGAUGAGAUGGUUCCAAACACAGAGACUCUGACAGAUAUAUUAGACGGAUUGCAACCGCAGAAUGGGUUGAAAGAGUUGAAAAUCAAGGGAUACAAGGGUACAAUAUUUCCAGAUUGGUUGGGGGGAUGUUCCUACAACAAUAUGACUCAUGUAUCUCUAGAGUCUUGCAAGAAUUGCUGCAUGCUGCCUUCACUUGGACAGCUGCCAUCUCUUAAGUCCCUGCGCAUUGAAGGUUUUGAUCAGCUCAAGCGUAUUGGUGAUGAGUUUUACAAGAAUGAAAGAGAUCAUGAUUCUUUGCCUACAGCACCGUUUCCCUCACUGGAGACAUUGGAAUUUCAUAACAUUCCAUGCUUGCAGGAGUGGCACGUAAUUGACCCAGAAGCUUUUCCUCAGCUUAAGAGACUUAGAAUAAAAGACUGUCCAAUGUUAAAGGCAGAUAUGCUUAAUGGCGUAUUCUUGAGAAUGGUUUCUUCUUCAACGGAUGCUUCCAAAGUUGGCAAACUGGAAAUACGGGGAGAUGAUGAAAAAAGGUCUAAUGAGAUUCUACCUCGUGGGGAUGCUUUAUCAAUAAGGGGAUGUGGAUCCUUGGUGAAGUCUGCAUUUAAUGCAAGGAGUAUCAAGCAUCUAUGUUGUCUCCAAGAAGUACAUAUUUAUUACUGUUUGUCUGCUGUAUCCUUUCCGGACAAUUGUUUACCCAAAUCUCUGCAAAAGCUCACAAUCUACUGGUGCCCAAAAUUUGAAUUCCCGGAGCAACAGCAGCACAAGUAUGAUUUGGUAGAGCUACAAAUAGAAGCCAGCUGUGAUUCACUGACCUCGUUUUCUUUGGAUGCCUUUCCCAAUCUCAAGAAUCUCGAGAUAAGAGAGUGUAGGAAUCUGGAAUCAGUGUCAAUGUCAGAGGCACCACACGCUGCUCUUCAAAUUCUCAUAAUCAGUGGGUGCUCCAAAUUAGUGUCAUUAGCAGGAGAAGGACUGGCUGCACCCAACUUGACUCAUCUCAACCUCGUAUUCUGCUCGAAGUUGGAGGCAUUACCACGUGACAUGAAGAGUCUACUCCCAAGUUUACACUCUCUCCAGAUAUAUGGUUGCCCAAACAUUUGCAGGUUGCCAGAGGGUGAUUUGCCGCCUAACUUGAAAUCUCUUGGUGUGGGAGGUUGCGAGCAACAAAUGAGGAUUCUAUCAUGGAUGGGCAACUUGGACACCCUCGCUCAUCUCACCAUUUCUGGUAUUGGGUGUGUGAGCACAAUAAAGUCAUACCCCGAGGUGGAUUCCCUGCCUCAUCUACCCUCCCUUACCACUCUACAUAUCAACAACUUUGAUAAUCUAGAGACAUUGGAGUGCAACGAGCUUCUCCGCCUCACCUCCCUUCAACAAUUGCACAUUGAGUACUGCUACAAGCUGGAGAAUAUGGAAGGAGAAACUCUGCCUUCCUCUCUCAUCCUACUUCAAAUUGAAGGGUGUCAUUUGCUAGAAGAACACUGCAAGAACAAGCAUCAACUAAUCUGGCCCAAAAUUUCCCACAUUCCAACCAUUAAAGUCAAUGAUAAACAAAUUUUUUGAAUAUAAAUUUCUGAGCAGGUUCUGGUCAUUUCCUGUGUGGUAGUCCCAAGCCAAAACUUUCUGAAGUGUCUCUACAUUCCCGUUAGUGUAUGAACGUAAUCAGAUUUGGAUUAACUUGAGUGGACACGAUCAAUUGAGCAAAGAGAAGAAAAGUUGAGAGGAGAUGCUAAUUUUGCAGGGGCAGUAACUUGUUUUCAUCAAGUGAAAGAUCGGACAGUCAAAUCUUAUUGAGCUGAAUCUUUAACUUUCAAUUUGGAGGAUUGAUUUGCAAUCUGAGCUCUGUAGUAUAUAUAACUGCCAGAAAUAAUGAACAGCAGCUGCUUUUCUAGUUGAUGCAUUUUGGUAACCAUUUGCUCAGUGUAGAAGAGAUUAUGAGUACAAUAGUAUGAUGAGGUUGUUGCCAAACCAACCUAUGUACUGAAUAUUAUUAAUGCUGUUAGUUUAUUGGUUAUUAUUUUGUACGAUGAUCCACCAAAAU